CUCCGCUGCAUUGCCGUUUGCUUCUUCCGUUUUCCUUUUAAAAAAAAAAUCUCUUUCACGGUACUAUGAGCGAUCACGGGGACUUGUACACAGACGACGAUCCGGAAUAUAGAAACACACGCACAGUAUCCGGCAUUCCGCCACCGUCGUUACGUUCAUUACGCGCUGCUGACAGCUAUCCUCCACUACAUUCACGACAUUCUCGCGACGGUCGACCACUUUCAGUUCCAGAGCCACAUGCAACAAAUUCAGAUCAUCGUGCUGUCCCGGAAUAUCGUGGAGUGCCACCACCAAGAUCGGCUCAACCACCACCACCACUACCGCCUAAGCUCGAUAUGCGCGUCAGUACAGACUUUUUAAAGUGUGAUCGGGAACAUCAACUUGCGAUCCAGGAUCUUCCUGCCAUGAUUCGUGUGAGAGAGCCCAAGGAACAAGAUUAUUUUUGGAUUCCUAAAGACCUAGUAGAGCAAACGAAUGCUAUGCGUAGUCGAGUGAAAGGUGUUUCAUACGAAGCUCGUGCUAGAAGCAAUCCGUACGAAAGUAUCAAUCGAUCAAUCUUUAUGAGUCGCGCGGCAACCAAAUUGGCAGCCCUGGAUGCUACAUUUGCAUUGACAGCGACCACGGAAACAAACAAGCCUUUUACAUUUGCUGAUAUUUGUGGUGGACCUGGCGGAUUCUCGGAGUACUUGUUAUGGCGAGUCCAUAGUUGGGGUGGUACUGCACAUGGGUACGGAAUUACCAUCAAAUCGCAAACCCACGAGGAAGUCAACUGGCAUACUGAAAAGUUCCGCAAGGAUAUACCACUUAAUUUCACACCAGUUGAAGGAGCCGAUGGAACAGGCAAUUUGUACAAAGAAGCGAAUAUCCUUGCGUUCGGUGGAACGGUUCGACAACAUACUCAAGGACAAGGCGUUGAUUUGGCAGUAGCUGAUGGAGGAUUCGAUUUCACGGGUCAGGAACAGCACCAAGAGCAUAGUGCACGACGCCUUUUACUAUGCGAGAUAAUUACAAUGCUCACAUGUCUUAGACAAGGUGGCUCGUUUGUAUGUAAACUUUUCGAGGUUUCCGAAGAGUUUACAGCCGAUAUGCUCUGGUUGUUAUACCAGCUGUUUGACAUGAUUUGCAUCACAAAACCACUGACGAGCCGGCCAGCAAAUUCGGAACGCUAUAUUGUGUGUAAAGGAUUACGUGUCAGUUUCCCAGAGGAUCUUAUCACGACUCUCUUAUCAGUGAACCGAAGCUUGGAAACCCAACCUGAACGAAUCGGAUCGUUCGUCCCACGAGCUGUGCUGGAGGAUGAUGAAGAUUUUGUCAACUAUGUGAAAAUGCGAAAUAUAAGAUUUGCGAGUAAGCAACUUGAAGCAUUAGGAGUGAUGGAACAAUAUAUUCGUCAACCUGACAGGCCACCCGUGUACGAUCAAGAAUGGGUUCGACGUCAAUGCUUGAAGGAGUGGCGGUUACCAAUGGAUCGUCGUGAAUCACCCGAGGAACAACAAUAAAAAACAAUGGCUAAUACGAACGGACAAACGCGUGCGUGCAAACAGCAGGCUGUAAUAUACAUACGG